AUGAGAAUAUCUAGCAUCGACCUAUCUAAAAAGGGAUUAUCUCAAGUACCAUAUGAAGCUAUAGAACCUGACACUAAUUGGAUCAUAUUGAGUGAUAAUAGAAUAACAGAAAUUGAUGAUAGGAUUCAAAAUUUGAGUUUGCUAACAAGACUGGCAUUAAAUGACAAUAGAAUUGAAAAUAUUGACAAGAAGAUUGGCAGUUGCAUACUAAUUAAUUGGAUUGAUUUAACUAGAAACAAAUUAAAAAGUCUUCCAAGAGAAUUUGCAAAUUUACAAAAAAUUACUGGAUUGGGAUUAUCUGAGAAUGAUUUUGAGGAAAUACCUGAGCCUGUUUAUUUCUUAACAAAUUUAAGAAAAUUUGGAUUUUUUUCUAAUAGAAUUACACGCAUCUCACCAAAUAUAAGAUUUUUACAUAAUUUAGUGAAAAUUGAUCUGUCAAAUAAUAAAAUAAGAGAAAUUCCGGCUGAAAUGAUGACAUUAACAAAUCUUAACUGGCUCAAUUUAUCAAAUAACAAAAUAAGAAGUAUUCCUCCAGAAAUAAAUAAUCUCACUAAACUUGAAGAACUUGGAUUAGGAAUGAAUGAGAUUCAAGAGAUCCCCUGUAUGAAUAAGUUGACUCAGUUAAGAAUAUUUCCAGCAUUUAAGAACAAAAUAACUAAGAUUCACCCAUCGGUAUUUAGUCUACCAAGUAUUGAGAAAUUAGACUUUUCUGAUAAUCAAUUAGAUCAAUUUCCAUUUGAGGCACUAGAAUCCAAAAAGUUAAGAUACUUAAAUCUUAGGUGUAAUUUGAUCUCAUCUAUAGAAUCAUCACUUUUAAAUCAUAAACUUACCAGUAAAAUAUUGAUGAUUGAUAUAAGCGAGAAUAAUCUUAAGUACAUUCCAUUUAAAUUCUUUAAGAUAUUUGAACAAUAUGCAAAUGUAAGGUUGGGAGGAAAUCCAUACAGUCUGGGAGAAUCAAAAAAGCCAAUUAACUUAUCACUGACAGAAAUAUGCAUUUCUAAAAUUCUUAAGAGAAGUAAUUCACUGGAUCCUUGGAUUGAUAAAAUGUAUAAUCAUAGAAAUAUAUGUGACUUCUGUGGAUCAGGAUUUGUUUCUGAGCCAUUUUAUCUUUAUGUUAAAAGCUUUAUAGAUCCUGAAAGUGAAUUUGUAGUUGAAAAGUCACUAUGUUCAAAUGCCUGUCUUAAUAAAUGCAAUAAAAAUAGAGUAAGAAGUAUAAGAAGGCAAUAA